GCAUCUACUUUGUUGAAAUUCAGUUCGCUGAAACGUCAACAACAUAUCAAGUGUGAUCUGAGCGCGAAAUAAGAAUAAUGAGGAAUUAUAUAGUAUUUUUGGAGUCUUGUUGAUUUCACACCGAAGUUUGUGCUCUAGUGAAAGACUUGAAGGUAUAUUGGCUGGAUAUGGUCAACUGAUUGCAGCUAAGGAGCAGUAACUACAAGUACUGGAAUCACGGAUUGCCGACACUUUAAAAAAGUUGGAUGACAUCAAGUUAAAUAAUGUGGAAACCUUGGAAAUGGAUCGGAUAAGGAACGAACUAAUGCAAAAAGAGGAACUUCUUCGGGUCUGUGAAAGCAGCAUUAAGAGUCAGGAGAGCAGCUCCGCGUUCUGGAACACAAUGAGAGAUUUAGUGAAGCCCAAGCUGAAGGAAAAGUUAAAGGACUUGGAAUCGGACAAUCUUGUUACCAACGUAACCACCACAUGGGAUACUAUCAAAAACAAUUGGAAGGAUAUACCUCGCCAGAUUGUCAUAUAUUUCACGGAGAAAUAAAAACCAUUUGAAUAAAUGUAAAAAGUAUCUUUUUAUUUUUCAUGUUUAAAAAUUAUUGGCAUUGAAAUACUGAGAAUUAUUGAAGCUUACCUAUGCAAUAUUUAAUUAAACCUUUUAAUGAAAUUUA